AUGGCGAACCCCGCGCCGGAUAUCAAUUCGAUUCUUCAAAUGCUGGGCAAUGUCACGCAGCGCGCGGCAACCUCGACUCCUACCCACAGUCAGCCUGGCUAUCAAGCACCUGUCGUGCCGCCUAUGCCAUCCGCGCCCUAUGCGCAACCCCCUCAGAAUCCGUAUCAGGCGCAAACGGCUCCCUACCAGCCUCACCCUCAAUACCCAUACCCUCAGCCGACUGCCGCCGGCAGCAUUGACCUGAGCAAAAUACAGCCCGUCAACUCCGGGACUGUGGCGGUGCCUGAGCCACUAGCCGAUGCAAUCGCGAAGGCCAAGGCAUAUGCAGCGGAGAAGGGCGUCACCCCAUACGAUCGGCCUGCUGGAGCGUAUCCUGACCAGCGUCAGUCCGAUUCGCGGCAGUACGGACGGUCUCGAUCCAAGAGCCCUCCCCGGGGCAGAGACUCGUAUCGCGACAACUUCAACCCAUACCGCGACGAACGCCGCGCCGACCAAGGCCGUGGUGACUAUGGCCGCGAGCGCUCUUAUUCUCCCGGCCGCGGCCGCCAGGGCUUCUCCCCGCGCGGCGCCCAUGGUGGUGGCGGGCGUGACCGGUCGCCUCUGCGAGGCAAGGAUGAUAAUUCUGAGACGAUCGAGGUCGAAUCCAGCCUCGUCGGACUCAUCAUUGGCCGCCAAGGCGAGAAUCUGCGCCGCGUCGAAGGCGAGAGCCGCUGUCGCAUCCAGUUUAUCCCGCCGACUGGCCAAAACGAUCAGUAUCGCCAAUGCCGAAUUACUGGUCCCCGGGCCCAGCGCGACGUGGCAAAAGAGAUGAUCUACAGCAUUAUUCGUGACAGCGGCAUGCGCGGUGCCGCGGCGCCCGGUGGUGAGAGUCGUGGUCGGGAUAGUGGCCGUGGCACUGCCCCGCCCCCUCUCCCCAAGGAAGGCGAGGAAAGCUCGCAGAUUAUGGUCCCCGAUAGAACCGUGGGCCUGAUCAUCGGCCGUCAUGGAGAGACAAUCCGCGAUCUGCAGGAACGAAGCGGAUGCCAUAUCAACAUCGUAAGCGAGAACAAAAGCGUCAACGGCCUUCGCCCGGUCAACCUUAUCGGCCCGCCGGCUGCUGCCCGUCACGCCAAAGAGCUCAUCCUCGAAAUUGUGGAGAGUGACAGUCGGAAUGGCAACAACCCUGCCGCUGGUCGGGCCCCCAGAGGAGAAAGCUUCGGCGGAGGCGGCGGCGAAAAGAUCAACGACUCCAUCUACGUUCCUUCGGAUGCUGUUGGAAUGAUCAUUGGUAAAGGUGGUGAGACGAUCAGGGAGAUGCAGAACAUGACCGGCUGCAAGAUCAAUGUGAACCAAUCUUCGGGACCCGGCGAGGUCGAGCGAGAGAUCGGCUUAGUUGGCACCCGGGACUCGAUCGCCAGGGCCAAGCGUGCGAUUGAGGAGAAAGUGGAUGCUGCGAAACAAAAGUCGGGUGGAGGCGGCGGCCGUGGCCGCGGGCAGCAUCGCGAUUAUGAUAACCCCAACUACGGUCAGGCUUCUAACAGCAACAGCGCCCCUUCCAGCAUGCCCGCCGGUGGUGCUAGUGCGGCUCCAGCUGCGCCCGCCGGCGGAAACCAGGCUGACCCGUAUGCCAUGUAUGGUGGUUACGAAAACUACAUUGCACUGUGGUGGCAAUCCCAACUUGCCGCUCAGCAGGCCCAAGGCCAAGGAGGUGCUACCCAGGCGCCCGGGACCUCGUAA